GCCAAUAGUGACCGUGUUCUGAUCUUUUAAGCUAUUUAGUCAAACGCAGCUCCGGCACAUUGAUUCCAUAAACUCACUACUACAGUUUCCAAUUGGGGGACAAUCCGAACUUAUUUGUUUCACACAGAGAACCGCCUGACGAAGAAUUUCGAACGCAGAAUUACAAUUUGCAGAAUGGCUGUCCCUCGUUUGAAUAUCGCACUGAUGCCAGUGCUCCAUUUGUUGGUGGCUGUAUUUGUUCUGACGCUUUCGUCAAACAGGAUUAAUGCCGACCCAAGUCCAUCUGGUCUUCCCAGUAAGUCGGCACCCUGCAAGCUGUGGAAUAGCACCAAGUUAGACUGCAGCGCGCGAAAUCUGUCUUUGGUACCAGCCAACCUCCCGCCAAUGGUAACCGCUGUCGAUCUGUCUUCGAAUGAGAUCUUGGAGUUGACUACGCGCGAUUUUUCCGCCCUGGCAAGUCUGAAGGUUCUGAAUCUCUCCCUUAAUGUCCUAUACCGUAUUGGUAACAACACCUUCCGCAGCCUUGUGUCGCUGCAGAGUCUGGAUCUAUCCCAAAACAACAUCGAGUCUUUGGAAUACAGUGCUUUCACGGGGCUCCUGGAACUAGAGGAUCUUGAUCUGUCGUCAAAUUACAUCAUCUCAGUGUCAGCAGGAGCAUUUCGAGAUCUCCAAAACCUCCGUCAACUCUCACUUUACUACAAUGACAUAAGCGUGUUGCCGUCUGACGCUAUGAGAAAUUUACGCAGGGUACAUACGCUGGACCUGUCACAAAACUUGCUUGACCCGAGAGACGAGUUCCAACUUGGAGACGGUUUCCAAUCAAUGAGAAGCUUGCAACGGCUGCUACUGUCGGGAAUGAAUAUAGGGUAUCUCCGUAAUCAUUCUCUCUCAGCUCUCCGCUCUCUGCCGAUAACACACCUUGACCUCUCCUGGAACAGUCUCUACCUGAUAGGCAACGGUACUUUUUCUCCGCUCCAAAAUCUCAGGCAGCUGAGCUUAAGUAAUACAUAUUACAACGCACUUGACAAGUUACCGUCUGGAAUUGUUCAGUUGGAUCUAAGCGGCGCGUUGCCAGACGUUCUUACAAGCUACACCCUUUCUGUACAAGUUGUGCGCCGUUUAUCACAGUACCUGCCAAAUAUUACGUCUGUCUCAUUCGCAGACCUCAGGAUAUGGGAAAUUGAGGAAGGGGCGCUAGGUUUCAUGUCGACUCUCCAAAAGCUCGAUGUAAGUCUAAACUUUCUUGGUUCUCUGACCAAGCAUGCCUUUGCAAACCUGAACAAUCUGCAAGAGCUAGAUCUCUCUGAUAAUUUCUUGGAACAAGUGCCUGCUAAAUCACUGCUUGCAUUCAACCGUACAAAGUCACUCAGGGUUCUAAACUUGGCAAGGAACAAGCUAAGCCGGCUGGAACGUAAUGACUUCAUAUCCGUGCCCUUCUUGACAAGUUUGAACCUCAAGGGGAAUCAACUGCAUAAUUUAGCAGGUAGUCUGGGGGUACUUCAGCACCUGGAGUACCUGUACCUAGCUGACAAUAAAUUUCAUCAGAUUCCACCUACCGGCUGGAGCACUAUUCUCCCAGCUCUGAGUGUUUUAGACAUUUCCCGGAACGAGGGCGGAGAAUAUCUUACAAACACCCUCAGUUAUUUGUCACCAAACCUCAAGGAGUUAUAUGUCAACAACAUAGAAAAAGAUUUCUUGCUCGCAGUUGUACGCAACUGCUCUUCCCUUGGUACGCUGGAUGUGUCCUACAACGGUAUCAGCGAUGACUCUUUUUACGAAUCGGGUGGGUACGGGUGGGCAACCUUGGGUUUGCCGCUUUUGGAGACGGUUAACCUCGGAGGGAACUCACUUACAUACCUUUCAACGAGUGUCUUCGAUAAUAACCGACGCCUUCGCCGUGUGAAUAUCAGCCAGAACGCAUUGGUUGCUGUGAGUGCCAGUACCUUCGCGAAUCUGGCCCUGCUCGAGGUGCUUGACCUCAGCCACAACAUGCUCACAAACAUCUCAGCUCUUACUCCCCAGCUCCCGAGUUUGAAAUCGGUGACUUUCUCCGGAAACAAAAUCACGUUCGUUGAUAUUGAACUCUUGUCGUCUAGCCAGCAGCCGGCUCUGCGCGUGCUGGACCUGAGCGAAAAUGCAUAUUCAUGCACAUGCGAUAUACAGGAUUUCCGAGAUUGGCUUCUUGAAGACACGAGAAUCUUUUUACUCUCUCCGUUAAAGUACAGAUGUAGUUCCCCAGAAGACCACCAAGGGGAUUUGGUAGCACGACUUCAAUUAGACUACUGUGUAUCAUACCUCGCUGUAUACCUGGGAGUUGGACUGGCGUCAGGGUCGAUAUUGAUCUUGGCGGUUAUCUUCCUCUGCGUCCGUUACCACUGGCACCUGCGCUACAAGUUCUUCAUGGUGUUUCGGCGUGGCUUGAUACAACGGGACACCCGAGACGCAGCAGCAGAGGAGGAUAACAACAACAUGCCCAGAUUCGACGCUUUCGUGUCCUACAACGACCACGACCGGGAGUGGGUAAUGCAGCAGCUGAUUCCCCAGCUGGAAGAUCACCAGGAGGACGACAAGCGGUUCCGGCUGUGCCUGAGCGACCGCGACCUCCCGGCGGGAGACUCCAAGAUGGAUGUCACCGUGGAGGCCAUCCAGAACAGCGGACGGACCAUCCUGGUGCUGACCGACCACUUUAUGGAGAGUGAGUGGUGCUACUACGAGAUGCAGAUGGCCAACCUGCGGCUCGUUAAUGAGGGCCGGGAUGUGCUGGUUUUGGUCCUACUGGAGGAGAUAUCUGACCAUAAGAUGACGAUUCUUCUGCGCCAGACACUGUGCCGAAAGAGCUACCUCAAGUGGCCGAAGGACGGGCUCGGCCAGCAUCUGUUCUGGGAGCGGCUCAGAGAGGAACUGAAGAUAUCCCCCAACGUCAAUCAUCGUCUGGAUGUAUAAAUUAGUUUGAUGGUGUAUAUGACGACCCAGGUUUGUUGCAAACACUAAGUUCCAAACGCCAACGCAUUAUUCCAGUCUUAAGCGUCCUUUUCUCAGACAAAACAUAAAACAUUUUCUUAUUAUGUAUCUAGACCUUUCCACAUUUUCCUAAAGAUGAUAUAUUUGAAAGACAGACUGCACACAAAGUGAUCGGGAAAUUUUCACUUGUUGUGCUGAACACUUGGGAAAUUGCACGAUCUGAGCCUGAACUCUCGAGAGAAGUUAUUUCUCAAUCCAUUGCUCAUUUCAAACCUAUACGUCAUGUCAUAAAGGACCAACCGAAAGAAAUUUAAUGGAUGAACAAUAGGAGACGGUGACUUUAUUUGAAGACAUCAUUUCAAAAGUACUGUGCAUGUACACAAAGUCAUUUUAUAACAUGGACAAUUUUACGUCCCAAGUCCGAGUUAUUCUUCUUUGUUUUCAAUUACUGAUAAUACAAGGGAGCUGUUAUGAAGUUCCAAGGACCUUGUUAUAGGCCUAACAGUGUUUCUGUUCAUUAACUUUCUAAAAGCGGUGAGGAAGUUUUUGAAUUCAUACAAUGUCACAUUCCGUAACGUGUAUUCUCUCUUAAACCUCCUACCCAUGUGACAAACCUUUCUUUAAUAGUUGUCGUUAACUUAAAUUUUUCCCCUUUAGACAAAUUAGGGCCACCUGGCCUAACUUCAAAAAAGCUGUUUGAAUCGAACGAAGAGAAUAAUACUCUGAUAAGAAUCAGAGGGUAGUGACGCUUUCCAAUGCACGCCGAACAAUGUAAAUUAAUACUGUUGACCUGCAUGCCAUGAGACUGUAAGCAAACAAUUGUGCUUCACACUCGUUUUGUUGAGCCCGAACGGGCCAAUGCAAAAGUCAACAAACCCACCCCUAUUUUGUUACUAAAGGAUACUCCUCAGCUUUUCACCUGUAAAUAUUUCAGUGACGAUAGUAUAUUGGAUAGAAUUGCAUUGAAAUGAACUUUUAGAUUUUGUGGUCACAGAUUGAUGGGGGGGGAGGACUCCCUGAUCUACCAAAACGUGACGACCUUGGACAAGCCAGUUCGGGGUUGGCUCUCGUAAAUUCAAUCCAUUAAGCCUUAAACCGCCACGGGCCAGUAGGCCGGCGGUAGAAUUUUAGACUUAACCUGUUGAUGUGCAGUAACUUUUAAAUAUCUCAUAAACAUGAUGUGGCAUUUAUCGGACAUUACUGAGGGUCACUGAUGUAGAGAAUACAAUCUGAAUAUCCUAGUCGCCAGUGCUGGGUAGUAUUACUAGACUGAUGACUUGCCGCGGCCCUUGCCACGUGGUAAUAGCAUAAGCGGAUGGGGAGUCUGAUAACUUGACUCUUACAUGUCCUGGUUUUUUUGAGAUCCGAUUUUGGAAGGUCAACGUCAGCCAGUUGAAUAUUCGUUAUGUGUUUGCUUAUCAAGUUUUCUGUAAAGUAGUUUGUUCCGAUGCUAGUUCUCCCGAGCCAGGGGCCGUGGUUUGUAAUGAUGAACACACUGCCCAUAAACUUUGGACCAGCAAGAGUCGUCCAAAUGUUCUACGUGGCGUAAGCUUGAAGCUACAAGAUUUGCUCUCCUAUCUUUUAUUCCGAUAAUCUCAUCUUCUAAUCUGAAAUUGUCCACCGAUAGUUCACUGCUGCAUCACCCACUCCCGGCACUUUCAUCUGUUUUAACUCAGUACAUUAACUGUGUAAUGUAGUAUAAGCCUAAGGCCAAAUUAUGAAAUACGCAUAACCCCUUGAUUUAAUCUCAGGUUAAAUGCAAAAUUAAAA